AUGGAGGUGUACCUCACCAACCACCUGCCCUCCACCGACAUCCACUCCGUCAAGCUCUCUGAAUCCUCGAUCGAAGCGUCGGGCCUUAAGAUCAUCCCGUUCAGCGAGGUGUCGGUGCUCCCGGCGGGCGCGUCGUUCCAGACGCACAUGAACAUCGCCUUCACGUCGGCGUCGCAGACGGUCAAGCUAGAGGUGGUCACCGAUCGGGGCACCUACUCCGUCUCUGUCAAGCCCCAGCUGGGCGAGCUUCUCCGCCCCAUCACCCUUAGCGAGGCCGACUUUGACUCGCGCCAGAAGGAGCUCGGAGGGAUGCAGGAGUCGUCGGAACACCUGACGCUGCCACAGGAACUGGCCAGCGGUGGUACCAAGCUGGUCAACAAGGUCCUCGAGCUCAUCAACGUCGGGCCUUGCGUCGUCGACGUCAAGGAGGGAACGUACAAGUUUGUGGGCGUGGCCAUUUUUGACGAGAAGCCGCUGUUGAUCUCUUUGCGGGCGGAAGGCGAGGGAGGUUCGUGCCUGCUGAGGGUCAACUGCGAGGACCCCAUCUUUGCCGUCACCGCCAAGAACCUCCUCAAGACCGGCCUCGCUCAGUAA